AGUAGGAUAUGCAGGGAGUCUAUACUCCCUUAUGGUCCAGGAUUAUUUUCAUGAGAGGGCUUUGUAAUUGAACAAAUUAAUUCCAAUUCUAAGAUAAUAAAAUAUAGACCUUGUUAUAAACCUAAUUGGUCAAAUGAAUCACCAGUAAUGCUGUACAAAAUCACAUAACUGAAAUGUGCUUUCUCUACCUGUACUUCUGAAGUCUCACCUGUCAAUUGGAUUGCUUAGAAGUCAUGGCAUAGUGUUGAAUGCCAAUUUACUGACCUUUGGUUAUUCAUUUGGCCAAUUUUGAGUGAUUUGACUUAUUAUAAAAUUAUAUUUAAAUUAUUUCAUUAUAUAUUAAACUAUUUUCCAAUAGUUAUAACAUACAAAAUUUUAAUUAAUAUACCUGUAUAAUAUAAGCAAGGAUGUAUUUAUUGUAUGAUUUGUAUUGUGUUAUCACAAUACAGUGUUGCUAUAGAAACACAAAGGCACAACAUUUCAUAUAGAUAAUAAACUAUGUUAACUAUCUCAAUUUGCAAAUGUAAUUCUUAAUUCAAAAGAGGGAUUGCAUUUUACAUUUAAAACUAUUUAAAUUAUUGAUGUGAACAUGUUUGAAACAAUCGAGGAUGAAGAUGAGGGAAGAACAAUUAAGAUCACAGUUUUGGGUGAACCCUCAACUGGUAAAACAUGUCUCUGUAACAGAUAUUUGGGAGGGUCUGGGACAUCUCCAGCCAGCACUCAUGGAGCCGAGGUGACUGCAGGUCAAUGCUUAGGCCUGCGACCUGCAGUGCCGUUUCAACUUUGUGAUGUUGCUGGAAAUUCAUUAGCUACUUCAAUGCUUACUAAUUACUUGUAUGCAUCGGAUAUUGUAUUAUUUGUGUAUGACUUAACAAACUUACAAAGUUUUGAAAGGUUAGAUGUAUGGCUUAGUAAAGUACAGGAUGUCUAUAAACAUGAGACUAAGAAGCCUUGUAUGGCCAUUUUUGGCAAUAAGUCUGAUUUGGAACACCAGAGGGCAGUGAGAUUAUCAUGUGUACAGACAUUUGCUACCAAACACGGUCUGGAGAGCUUUAAAGGUUCUGCUAGGACUGGAGAAUUGGUUAAUAUAGCUAUUACAAGUCUAAUAGCACGUGUAUUGGGUUCCAAGAUGGUUUCAAUUCUAGCUGCUGAUGAAAAACCAACAGGCAAACAGAUUCAAAUUAGUCAGGUUCCUCCAGAAGAAGUAGAAAUUGCUUUACCUCUAAUAAUGAGUAGAAAGUCCUUGAGAAAAGUACAAAGAAAAGAAUCCUCAUCUGUUUGUGAAUUACAAUAAAAAAUGUGUAAUAGU